AGUAACCCAAAACAGGAAGGCAUGCUGACAUUCUCCCCACAGCUCAAGUCAAAGAGCAAAGUAUCCUGAUCAAACAACUCAAUAUCCCUCCCCCCGAAACAUAGUCACGAUCGUACCAUCUCGAUCUGCACAAUAGCCCAACGCCUGCUAUAGGCCUUCGUUAUCUGGUCCUGUUCGCCAAGACGGACCCCGCCGACGCCACUAAACCAUGUCCGUGUCUGAGGGGUCACCCUCCCAAUCGCCACAGGCACCCUCAAGCUCCGAAUCUGACCUGGGGCCUCUGUCGCCGUGGUCGUGCCAAAGAUGUAGAAUGCGCAAGUUGAAAUGUAAUAGGGUGUUGCCAAUCUGUGGCCGGUGUGUCAAGAUUGGCGAAGUCUGCGAUUAUCCCUCGGCGAGGAAGAAGCCGGUCAUUAAUCCCGCCAACAGACCACGACUUCGGGAUAUGCAGAGUCGCAUCCGAGACUUGGAGGCUAGAUUAGAAGCUCAGCACAGUCCGCCCGAAUUCCAGCCUUUCAGUACAAGUACAGAACUUGUUGAUACUGGCCGAUUUGAGGGCUUACCACCUCCGCAUCUGGUCGAUGAGCUAACAUCCAUAUACUUCACCAAACUUCAAUCUGACUCAUUCAUGAUCCAUGGCGAGAGGUACAUCGCGUCUCUCUACCGGCCUGCUCAUAUGCAGCCGCCCAUGUGCCUGCAGUAUGCCAUCCUAGCUGCUGGAGCAAGCGCAUCGCCUACUUACAAGCACAUGGCUGAAGCAUUCUAUGUGCGUGCACGGCAGUACAUCCAAGCUGAUGAGAUGAAGAGCGAUAGCGACCAAAUAUCACUGGCGCAUUGCCAAGCUUGGGUUCUUAUGAGCCAUUUUGAAGCGCAGCAUCUCUGGUUCUCACGAGCAUCAAUGAGUAUAGCAAGAGCUAUCCGGUUAGCCCAAAUCCUUGGACUUCACCGAUUAGACGGGAAGAAUGCAGCAGGCCUGACACUCCCGAUUGCAUUGGACUUCACAGAGGAGGAAGAGCGCAGAAAGACCUUCUGGGUCAUUUUCACGACUGAUCGUAUCACAAGCAGUACAGGCGGAUGGCCGACCAUGAUGGACUGGCGUAGCAUACAAACACGACUGCCGUCUUCCAUUGAUGCGUUCCUAUCCAGCACGCCAAUAGCCACUCUAACCCUCAGGCAGGCGCUAGGCCAAGGCAUGUAUGAGCUUUCGACGAGUGCUUGCAGAGUUGUGGCUGUACAUCUUUUCAACGAAUGCUUCAACUUCUCCAGAAAUGUCGAGGAAGAUGAGGACAGCAAUGACUGGCAACAACUCCAGCAACUCGAUGAAGCAGUCACAAAUGCAUUCGCGACACUACCGUUGGAUCUUAGAUGCCCAGAAAACAUGGAAAGCCCUGAAGCUGUACUCAUCAAUCUCCAGUUACAUACGGCCCUGAUAUGCAUUCAUCAAUCUGCACUGACAAGAUCGCAGGUGGAUAUGGCCGCGCUACCCACCACAAAAGCAAGAGUGAUGGAAUCAGCUGUUCAAAUAAUGAUUACUGUGGCUUUGGUCACGGAUUUGAGCACGAGGUUCCGCAACCCGCUGGUAUCGUUUGCGACUUUCAUCGCGGCCUCAUUUUUCUUGUCGGACUUCCUCACGACUGGUGAUCUUCAAAGCGAGGCCAACUUUACAGCUCUCAUGACUGUUAUGGUCGAAGUGGGCAAGAACAACAUGUUUGCAGCGUCUUUGGCUGUUCGAUUAGCGCAGACGUUGAGAGCGUCUGGUGUUGAUCAAGGGACUGUUGGGAAGGUGGGAGUGAUGAUGGCUGACCUUAAUAUUGAUCAUCCAAUUCCGGGACAAGAGGAUAAAGAGAACGGUAUUGUGAUAUUAUGCCCUACUGCAACUACUCCAGAGCAGGUCGAUUUUGACCAAGGAAUUGUUUGGCAGUAGACAUCAGCCAGAUUUGUUGUUCACUAGUGCAUAAACGAAAACCAACAUAUGUAAUUGAAGCAUUUAUCGCUCCGCGUGAUGCCACCAAAUUGCGG